AUUCUUGCAGUUUCUGUCGAGAAACAAGUAAUCGCACAUCAAGAGCGCUUUGGAUCAACAGAUUCAGCUGUUUUCGAGUCCUUUGUGCAUCAUUUGCUCUCCAAGCUUGACAGUCCGCAUCAGAUUGUGAUGGACAAUGCUUCAAUUCACAAACACGUCAAUACCAAGCGAGCAAUCAGCGAUGCAGGCCAUUUCCUCGUCUUCCAGCCGCCUUACACACCAGAAUUCAACCUCUGCGAGUGGGUUUUUGGCCUCAUCAAAGGCUAUGUGGGCAAACAAGACAUAGACUCGCAUGGGACGCUCACAAAUCACAUUAGCAACGAGUUGAACAACAUUACAGAGGAGAAUAUGCGUGGAUUCAUGGCAGAAUCAAUCAGAUGGACAAAGGCAGCGCAAAUGCUGAAAGAUCUAGGCAUUCAACACGAUGCAGAUACGCUGGAGACAAGAGACAUGGAAGAUUGGAGUGAAGGAGAGCGGGAAGGCAGUGAGAGCAGGGUAGGGGAGCUGGAAAACACGCAGGAGAGCCAUACCACAGCCUCUUCCGAGGAUCCUAUGUCACUGGCGUGA